AUGAAGCUUCGGAAGCUGUCCCAGAGGCUCGGCGUCCGAUACUUCUGGGUCGACAGACUGUGCAUAGUCCAAAGGAAUGAUGCGGAUAAAGAAUUGGAGAUCCCUCGAAUGCGGGAGUACUACACAGGAGCGAGUGGUUGCGUGGUUCUGUGUGGACCUGGCGUUCAAACGUUCGAGUGUCUGCCCCAACACAGUGGCGCGAUCCUGUCUGCAUACCAGCAGGUGCAACAGAACUCGGCAGCUCUGAAAUCGCUAUUCAGCUGCAAGUGGGCCACCAGAGUAUGGACUCUUCAGGAAGCAUUACUCUCACGCCAGGUCGUGUACGCCAUCGAGGAUCAAUUGGUCGAUGGAGACUAUAUAUCGGAGUUGGUUUCAUUCGUGGAGACAUUUUCUGAGAGAUAUACGGGUGAUCCCACAGACCCCGAAUGGUUCAGAAGGCAAGACGGGGAAAACGGAACGGAGAUUUUCAGCAUCUUAAGGACCGUCUUCGGUGGCGAACAGCAGUACCAGGAGCUAGAUUCGGCUGGCGAGAUCCUCAUGCCCUUUGAGCAGGCCUUGACCAUGAUCACGGACAGGCAUGCUUCAAGGGAUGAGGACCAUAUAUACGGUCUCCUCGGACUAUGCGACAGAGGGGACAGUAUUAAUGUCGAGUACAACAUCAGCUGGCGCACAAUGCUGGAGAAACUGAGGAGGGCUGGGAUGAUCACUGAGCGACAACUUGCCUCAUCCACAAUCAAUGAUCUCCCCGGACUGAGCUGGCUUCCCAAAUGCGACUCUGGAUACGGCCCCUUCAAGAACUUGGAAAGGAUCUCCGCAUUUGUCCGUGGAAGGGAGCUUUCAUGGUCAGAAGAGGGGGCGACAGUUUUUGGAGCCGUGUUUGAAUGGAAGAACUACAAGUGCAAAGAGUGGGAUAUUCUCAAUGUGCAUGGCAUGACUUGUUUUCUUGUCUACGGUACAAUAGAGUUCCCAGACACGCCGGGACUUGUCAUCCAAGUUGGCGGGACGAGCUCUGUCAAGUUCACGGAGGAGAGAAUGCGUGGUACGCAUGUGAUUCUCUGUCGCGACGUUAUUGACACCACUCGUGAGGUCGUGGCUAUUAAGGUUGGGGGUGAUAUUGAGACGGGGCAUGUGUAUAAGGUGGAUGGCUACGUAUUGGAGCUCCAUGAAUGGGUUAUGGGUGAUCCGAGCAUGUUGGAUGGGAGGCAGUGGAUUGUGGGCAGCGUACCUGGGGAUGGGACUCACCAGCAAACGCUCUAUACAGCUCGAUAA